AUGAUCUGGGGCUCGUUAAUCCUCACACUGGCCGCUACUGCGGUGGCUUUGCCUCAACCAGACAAAAAUGUCAAGUGCCCUUCGGGAGAGGAACUCGUUCGUUUGAUCCGACAUGAGAAUGAGGGACGCUCGUUCUGCCGGGAGCUGAUCCAUAGCACUUGUGCUACUGUCACUCACACAACGAAUGUGCAUCCAUGGCCGACUACUGUCAAAGUCACGCAUACCAUCACGGACUAUCCACCCAAAGUGACGAAGACAUCGACCAAGGAAGUCAUCUCCACAAUCAUUCGUGCGGUUACCAGUACUGCAACGCAAUAUGCCACCUCAACUAUCACUGUACCUGUGACUGUCACUGGCCACACCGCGGUGACUGUUAAAGAUGUCGAGACUGCCCACUUGACUAAGGUGGACUACGAAACGACCACCCGGUCCUUUACGAGCACUUCCACGAGCACCGUCGUCCAAACUAUCACUGAUAACGUUGUUGCCACUAUCACUGCUGUUUCGACCAAGACCGAGACCGACACCAAGACCAACACAAUCACUGAUUACUUCACUACACUCAUCACGGAGUACAUCACUCAUAUUGCGACUGCCUUUGCGAGCAACACAUUUGUUGACGUAUCGACUACUACUGCCACCAACUAUCAUACGGAGACCAUCAUGGUUUCUUUUACCGAAACUGCCACCGCGACGGUUACAGAUACUAUCUCCUUUACGACCACCCAAGAGGUGGAUGUUACCACGACUGAAGUCCAGUUGGUUACUGCUGUCCAAACGGACAUGGAAACGGCCACAAAUGUGCUCCUCACAACCAUGACUAACUAUACAACCGCCACUCAGACCACUUUUGUGACUGAUGGCACAACCGUGACCGCUGAUGUUGUUGUGACGGCGCCUGCUAAGCGCUGGGAAGUUGCUCCAGAGCGACAUGCCUUCCACACGCCUUCGCCCCUAAGGACAAUACCCGAGCGGGAUUUGAGCACUGCUUGCUCUGCUCUGCAUCUUGACAAGUGCACUUCGACGAUCCUCACUACCAAGAUAGACGCGCAGCCCACUGUGACUAGAACUCUGACUACCCAUUCUAAGGCGCACAACCCCCAAACUGCCAAGGCCACGAAAACUAUCACCAAAUACGUCACUCACUUCACCACCAAUAUUGUGCGCACUCUCUUAGCUAAGGCUGUGACUCGAACUUCUACCGCAAGCAUCGUUGCGACCUCAACUAUCACGGAUAUCUCCACAACUACUGCUACGGACACCGCGACGGUUACUGUGACGGAUGACUACACUACCACUGCUAUCGACGUUGUUACAGCUCUUUUCACAACUGAUCUUACAUCUUUGACAACGCUCGAUGUCACUGCAUAUGAGAAAGCGGAAAUUACACAGGAUGUGACUGUCGAUGUGACUUCCACUGCUACGACCGACAUCACCACAACCCAGGGUACCACCAAGACACUCGAUUUCACCGUCAGUCAGAUAACCACCGCUACAGCAGAUAUAUCCGCCAUUGAAGUCGCAUCCACAACAAAGACCGAGACCAAGACAGUCACAGUUUCCAUCACCGAAGUAGCAACUAUCACAUCUACCUCCACAAUAUCUGCAACAGUCACCUCGCCAACAACGAUCCACACCGCUGCCACAACCACCGUAGAUUCACUAAGCACGGUCAUCACAACCUCUACAGUCGACGUCACCGUCACUCAGACAGUCCUUACCACCACAACCACAACCCUGACAUCAACAACCACCCCAGCAACUCCAACUUGCGGCGUGAACCUAGUCCAGAACCCCAACUUUUCCAACGCUGCUCUAAGCCCAUGGACGUCUAGUACCAGUGGUAAUGGCAAAUAUGCGUUCGUGUCGGGCUAUGACACCACCUACGCAAUCCAGCUCUAUUCCAGUGCAAGCGGCUCCAGCACUUCCAAAAUUAUGCAGACAUUCAACACUGUUGUCGGCAAUACGUACAAAUUCUCGAAUUACUACAAAGUCAUGACGGGGAACACUGCUAGCAUCAUGACAUGCACUUAUGGUGAACGUUCUUACAGUGUCAGUCUGGCCUCGUCGGUCAAGAAUGUCUGGUUGGCAAUGUCGACCAACUACGUUGCAACUUCGUCAUCUGUUACUCUGGUUUGUGGUCUGACUUCCCCGAUAUCAGCCUCCAUUGCCUUUACCGACUUUUCUUUUAUGUGUUGA